AUGAAGCUCCUGCUGCUUGCCGUGUUUGCCCUGGUGUCUGUGGCUCACUGCGAGGAUGGUGCCAGGUUGCUGGCCUCCAAAUCCCUGUUGAACAGAUAUGCAGUGGAGGGCAAGGACUUGACUUUGCAGUACAACAUCUACAAUGUUGGCUCCAGUGCUGCCCUAGAUGUGGAGCUGUCGGAUGAUUCCUUCCCCCCAGAAGAUUUUGGCAUCGUCUCUGGCAUGCUCAACGUUAAGUGGGACAGAAUUGCUCCAGCCAGCAAUGUGUCCCACACUGUGGUUCUACGGCCUCUCAAGGCUGGCUACUUCAACUUCACCUCUGCCACCAUCACGUACCUGGCACAGGAGGGUGCCCAGGUGGUGGUUGGCUUCACCAGUGCUCCUGGGCAGGGAGGAAUCCUGGCUCAGCGUGACUUCAACAGGAGGUUCUCCCCUCACUUU